AUGGAGGACACUUACAAUAACAGGACUUCCUUAGUUAAAGGGGCCAAGGAUAUGGUGAAAGAAGCAAAGCGGCAGGCGACGAAGAAGGUCAACAAAGUAGUUGACCGCGCUUCCGAUGAGUAUUCAUCCCACCACAACUAUUCACGAUUCGAGGACGAUGCGGACGAUGAGGAUUUCUACAGGAAUCCUCCAAGGCAAGACGGAGAGGGUUACCAUGACAACGAUGAGGGCUCCAGUGACGCCACCGAAGGCCACGAUGAUGAAGACGAGAUCUAUGAGGGAGAGUACCAGGGGGUGCCUUCCCAAGGUGACAGGAAGCAUAAAGAGGGCCAAGUAGCUCUUGGGCAGCCAAUAUCGGAUGCCACGAGGGACAGAAAGGAGCUUGAGCAGGAGCGACAGGCGGAUGAGGAGGAGCUGGCACAGCAGUACGAGCUCAUCAUCCAAGAGUGUGGCCAUGGGAGGUUCCAGUGGCAGCUGUUCUUGGUACUCGGACUGGCCCUCAUGUCAGACGGCGUUGAAGUGUUCGUGGUGGGCUUCGUGCUUCCUAGUGCUGAAACGGACAUGUGUGCACCGAACUCCUCUUCGGGAUGGCUAGGAAGCAUUGUUUACCUGGGGAUGAUGCUGGGAGCAUUCUUUUGGGGAGGCAUGUCCGACAAAGUGGGCCGGAGACAGUGCCUCCUCAUUUGCAUGUCCACGAAUGGCUUCUUCGCUUUCUUGUCUUCAUUUGUCCAAGGAUACGGCGUCUUCCUUGUUUGCCGGAUCGCUGCAGGGUUUGGGAUAGGAGGUGCAGUCCCCAUUGUUUUCUCUUUCUUUGCAGAAGUUUUAUCAAGGGAGAAGAGAGGAGAACACUUGAGCUGGCUGUGUAUGUUUUGGAUGAUUGGCGAGAUCUACGCAUCUGCAAUGGCCUGGGCUAUUAUACCGCAUUAUGGAUGGAGUUUCAGCAUGGGUUCAGCAUACCAGUUUCAUAGUUGGAGAGUGUUUGUGGUCGUUUGUGCCCUGCCUUGUGUGUGUGCUGUGGUUGCACUUACCUUCAUGCCUGAAAGCCCCAGAUUUUACCUUGAGGUAGGGAAGCACGACGAAGCCUGGAUGAUCCUCAAACAAAUCCACGACACCAACAUGAGAGCGCGUGGGCAGCCAGAAAAAGUCUUCAGCGUUAACAGAAUAAAGAUUCCAAAGCAGCUGGAUGAAUUUGUGGAAUUGGAGUCCGAAUCCGGAAAUCCAGUUUCCAAGGCUAUUUUCCGGAUGAAGGCUGAAGUCCAUGGGAUCUAUCAGAAUCUCAUGAAGUGUUUCAACUACCCGAUGAGAGAAAAUAUGAUGCGACUAGCCAUAGUGUGGCUCACUCUGUCUUUUGGGUAUUACGGUCUGUCUGUCUGGUUCCCUGAUGUCAUCAAACACCUGCAGGCGGACGAAUAUGCCUCCAAAGUGCAAAUUCACAACAACGAGCGCACUGAAAACUUUACCUUCAACUUUACCCUGGAGAAUCAGAUACACAAAAAUGGACUUUUCAUCAGGGAUCGAUUCAUCAACAUGAAACUCAAAUCCGUCACCUUCGUUGACUCAACCUUUCGUAACUGCUACUUUGAUGACGUGACGUCGGUGGGAUCCUAUUUCCAUAACUGUACUUUUGUUGACGCAUUCUUCUUCAAUACAGACAUUGAUGACUCUAAGCUAAUAGAUGGCACUGAGGUGAUCAAUAGCACGUUCACCCACAACAAGACAGGAUGCCAGAUGACGUUUGAUGAUGAUUACAGUGCCUACUGGGUUUACUUCAUCAACUUCUUGGGAACCUUGGCCGUUCUACCCGGGAACAUCGUGUCUGCUCUUCUAAUGGAUAAAACAGGCCGUUUGUCCAUGUUAGGUGGCUCCAUGGUGUUGUCAGGCAUCAGCUGCUUCUUCUUGUGGUUUGGCACCAGUGAGUCCAUGAUGAUUUUCAUGCUGUGCCUUUACAAUGGCCUAAGUAUCUCUGCCUGGAACUCUCUGGACGUGGUGACAACUGAAUCUUUCCCAACUGCCAGGAGAGGAACAGGCUUUGGAUUCUGUAACGCCCUAUGUAAGAUGGCUGCAGUCUUGGGGAACCUAAUUUUUGGUUCUCUGGUCGGAAUCACAAAGGCCAUCCCCAUCCUGAUGGCAUCAUCAGUCCUAGUGGGGGGAGGUCUGGUCGGCCUCCGUUUGCCUGAUACAAGAGCAAAUGUCCUCAUGUAA